CGCUCCAACCACCAACUUCUGGUGAGGCACCCUUGCUUGCAGAUACCACAUUACCACACCCACAGCUCCACCCCAGAAUCCAUAAAGCCUCCACAACAACAAUGGGAGCUAAGCUUCCGAGCUCAGCAAUUUCAGGAUGCUGAUGCCGUUUCUAGCUCAGACCUCUCAAACUACACGCCCUGUUGCGAGCUGUUUUGGGCUGCAUCGCCGCCACCCGCCGCGGAAUUUCGGCCGAUAUUGUAGAUGGUGGGGGACAAGAAGCAGGUCAAUUCAUUCCCCUCGCAGCGUAUUUGGACCCAACAAUGGCGCUCCAUCUAGUGAUACUGUGAAGAAAAGAAAGAUAGUGGAGCACAUUAUUCUGCUCAGAGCCAAGCCAAACAUCUCAGAUGCUGAAGAAAAGGACAUGCUUGAUUACUUAUAUACAUCUCAGUAUCAGAUGAGAGGGAUACUCACUGUGUCAUUAGGCCGCAUAGAGGGCCCUAAUAGCGAGAGCUUCACGCAUGCUGUAUUCAUGCGUUUCCAACAGAAAAAAGACAUUGCAAAGUUCCAGAAUAGCUCAUACUAUUUCAAAGUUCUCGACGAGCAUGUGAAACCCGUUUCCUAUGGCUUGGUUUCUGUAGAUUUUGAAUCUGAGGUGGAAGAUGACAUUAUCCCUCUCUUUCGGAGGGGCGAGGAUUUCAACUACGGAGUCGAGUUUAUGCUGUUGAUAUCUUUCCUGGAGACUGCAUCCAGAGAGUCUGUGGAGGAUGCAUUAGCCCAUCUUCAAAAGCUGAUCAUCCACUACAAUUCUUUCAUUGUUCAGGCAACCUCAGGUUGCUGUCUGGAUCAUAUGGAUAGUCUGUACAGUCACGCUGCAGUUAUCCGUUUUCCAUCAACAAAGCUAGAUGACGGGGAUCGUCGGCGGGGCCGAUUACUACAAUUUUCUUGUUUCCUGCAGUUGACGACUUCAAAUUAUUCAAGGAGAGCACGGAAUACAAGGAUAUGUGGACAUCCAAAUUUCAUCCGGUUACCGAGAGAUGUCUCGAGCUGCAUUUCGUCGUUGACCCCGUCGGCAACCAGCUGAUGUAGAUCCUGAGCCCUUGUGCUCUGAAACUGAACCUGAAAUGGAACCUUGCCACAUCCGAAAGAGAGUUCUUGUGUUGGUGUGCUGUGUGUGUCAUCUCAUGUUUCUUCGGCUUGGGCGAUCUUCUGCCCAUGUCCAGAGUGGGCUCCACGAGGCAGUGACUGAUGAGCGAUGUUGUAAGGUCUCUCUUCUUGUUCAGCACGGAUGAAUGUGUAGUGUUAUAAGAAAAAUGGAUGUGUGUAGUCGGAUAUCCAGUAGGGCUCUAGGGAGCAUUGGCUCCUGCACGCCAAAAAACAUUUUUGCAAAUGCCAAAAAAAAAAUACUAAAAUAAAAUAAAAAUGUAGUAUAUUUUUACGUCCAAA